AGGAUACGAGAGGGUGACUGGAGUGGGAGCUGAGCAAAAAUCUUCCCUUUCUGUCUCCUCAUUUUCUGCGUGAUCUGUUUGUUUCUCGAGAAAAUUUUUCAAUCCGUCUCGAAGAUUGAAGGAGACAAUGAUGUUCGCUCGAUCGGUGUUUCGAUCUCAGCUGAGACCUUCGCUUUCAGCUGUGGAGAACGUUUCCUGCUGCCGUUACUCUUCCUCCUCGGCUGCUGCCGCUGAAGCUGAGAGGACGAUCAGUGAAGGUCCCAGGAAUGACUGGACCAGGGAUGAGAUCAAAGCUGUAUAUGAUUCUCCUGUUCUUGACCUCCUCUUCCAUGGAGCUCAAGUUCACAGGCAUGCUCAUAACUUCAGGGAGGUGCAGCAAUGUACACUCCUCUCCAUAAAGACUGGUGGAUGCAGUGAGGAUUGUUCAUAUUGUCCUCAGUCAUCUAGAUAUAACACUGGAGUGAAGGCUCAAAGACUAAUGUCCAAGGAAGCUGUGAUUGAAGCAGCAAAGAGAGCAAAAGAAGCUGGCAGCACACGUUUUUGCAUGGGUGCGGCUUGGCGUGACACAAUAGGAAGGAAGACCAAUUUCAACCAGAUUCUUGAAUAUGUCAAAGAAAUCAGGGACAUGGGAAUGGAGGUGUGCUGCACCUUGGGUAUGCUGGAAAAGCAACAAGCUUUAGAACUCAAGAAGGCUGGCCUUACUGCUUAUAACCACAAUCUUGAUACCUCAAGAGAGUACUACCCAAACAUUAUCACCACGAGAAGUUAUGAUGAACGCCUUGAAACUCUUAAUCAUGUUCGCGAAGCUGGAAUCAAUGUCUGCUCAGGGGGAAUUAUAGGGCUUGGAGAAGCAGAGGAGGACAGAGUUGGAUUGUUGCACACAUUGGCAACACUUCCAACUCAUCCAGAGAGUGUUCCCAUCAAUGCAUUAAUCGCGGUGGAAGGCACUCCUCUUCAAGAUCAGAAGCCGGUUGAAAUAUGGGAGAUGAUACGGAUGAUAGCAACGGCACGCAUAGCAAUGCCAAGAUCAAUGGUGAGGUUAUCAGCAGGAAGAGUAAGAUUCUCAAUGUCGGAGCAGGCGCUGUGUUUCCUUGCAGGAGCCAACUCUAUAUUUACAGGUGAAAAGCUUCUUACUACUCCCAACAAUGAUUUUGAUGCCGACCAGCUUAUGUUCAAGAUCCUUGGCCUCAAUCCCAAGCCACCGUCUUUCCCUGAAGACGAAUCCGAAUCAGAACAACUUGCUUCUGCAUCUCACUGAGGAGGAUAAAAGGACCAUUUUAUUGUUUUGGCCUCAAGGCUCAUUUGUUUCAUCUCACUAAGUUCAUGAACUUUUAUUGCCGAUUUUAGGAAUUUUAUGUUGUGAGACUGGAAUCCUCUCAAACCCUUCCCUUGUGAGAAAUAUAAAAUCGGUUUUCUGUUGCAAUUUUCA